AUGGCCCGUCGACGCAAGCUGCCGCACGCAGCCAUCGUUAGCGUGCUGUCCGCAGCAGCUUGCCUGCUGUCGGCCGCGUUGGGAGCCCAGUCGGCAGACUCCAAGUACGAUUCCGGGACUACCAUGUUUAGUCCCAAGGGCCGCUUGUACCAAGUCGAGUAUGCUGCAGAGACGAUACGCAACAAGCGGCUCCAGGUGGGGGACCAGCGCGUCAAGACCAGCCGCGUGGACUCGCACAUCGUGUGCACCUCCGCUGGUCUCACCGCUGACGCCAUGGUACUCGUCAAAGAUUGCAGGGUAUCUGCCCAGCAGCACUCCUUGACGUUUCAGGAGCCCAUCCCGGUCCAGAAGCUGGCUGCCCACGUCGCGGACGUGAAGCAGGCGUACACACAGCACGGUGGACUCCGGCCGUGGGGCGUGUCGAUGCUGUUGGCGGGGUGGGACGAGUCGAGAGGGCUCCAACUCUACAAGACAGAACCCAGCGGGAAUUUCGGGGCGUUCAAGGCCGUGGCGGUUGGGGCGGGCGCCUCGCGAUUGUCAGCCGAGCUAGCGUCCGGCUACGAAGAACUGUUGGCGGCCACCAAUGGGGGGGCGGAGGCGGCGGGCGGCGGCAGCACUAGUAGCGGCAGCAUAGGGCUAGGAGAGGCCGUUCGACUCUCCGCGAGGGUGCUCAGCCGAGAGCGCGCGCGAGAGAGAAAAUCGCGAGAUAUUAGGACGGCAGCGGGGGAGGGAGAGGGAGAGGGGGAGCGGCGGGAGAGACAAGAUUUUGGGGAUUUUGGUAUGGAGAUUGCUACAAUAGCGGUAGAGGGGGGUGGGGGCAAGGGGGUGGCAGCAGCCGCGGCGAGCUUGUAUAUUUAUAGCGAUGAGGAGGUCGAGAGAGUGUUGAAUAGUAUAGAGGAGGAGGACGUUGACGGGAAAGGGGUGGGCAGUGGCAGCAGAGGGAAAAAGCUUGAGUAG